UUCUAACCUAAAAAUUAUUUAAAACGUAGUGGUUGGUUUUGGAGUAAUUUUUAAUUUCCUUUAUGUAGAAAGUAAUAGUUUUUCUUGGUGUACUAAGUUCUAAUAUAUUUUACUUAAAAAUAUUGUCAACGUAGAAAUAUUUUGUCCUUUUUAUACUCAUAAGCUUGAGCUGUGUCUUGAGAAGUCUUUAAAUAUCUAACUAAGUAAGAAGAUGAGUUUGAAAUUUAAUUUAAUAGCAGCUGCAUGUGAAAAUAUGGGCAUUGGUUAUAAUAAUAAUUUACCUUGGCGUUUAAAAACAGAAAUGGAGUAUUUUACUAGAAUGACAACAGCCACACAAGAUCCUACUAAGAAAAAUGUUGUCUUAAUGGGUCGUAAAACAUGGGAUUGCAUUCCUCAUAAAUACAAACCUUUGGCCAAUCGUAUAAAUUUUGUGCUGUCAAGAAACAUCAUGAAUCUUAAACUGUAUAAAGAUACAUUUCAUUUUAAAAGUUUAGAUGAAGCUUUAGCAAAGCUCCAAGAUGAUCUGUUUAAAAGCCAAUAUGAAAAGAUUUGGGUAAUAGGUGGCAGCAAUAUUUACAAAUUAACAAUGGAUUCAAAACACUUCUACAGACUGUAUUUGACUGAAAUUAAGAAAGUUUAUGAAUGUGAUACAUUCUUUCCAAAAAUAGAUAAUAGUUUGCAGGAAAUUAAAGAUCCAACAGUUCCUAAUGAGGAGCAGGAAGAAAAUGGUGUGAAAUUUCAGUACAAGGUAUACCAAAAUCCUCAAUUUGAUAAAUAAAUAACUUACUAACUUUUUAAAGUAUGAGAUACAUUCCAUUUUAUAUGCAUGUAUACUUAUAUGUAUGCCUUUUACUACCUUAAAAA